AUGAAGUCUAAGUUGAUAUUUCUUGGACUUUCGGUCAUUUCGCAAGUCGUCGCCUCCCCCAACCUCACGGCGAUAUUUGGAUCCUCACUUUCAUCUGCAGUGGAGAUCAUAUUACCCGGGGACGCUGACUGGGGCACAAGAGUGCAGGCACGAUGGUCUGACUACGCAUCUCCUACAUUCUUUGGGGUCAUCAAACCUGUGACUGAGUCUGAUAUUCAACAUACUGUGCGAUUAGCCCAGAUUUACAAUAUCCGGUUUCUGGCAACUGGUGGUGGACAAUCUUUCUCCGAUUAUAGUCAUUUCGAAGGAAUAUCAAUUGAUCUGGGAAACUUCGAUUCUGUCACACUUGAUGAUACCCAGACAUACCUUACGAUCGGCGGGGCGGCAAAGUACAACCAGUUGACCGAUCUGUUGUACAACGCUUCAAAAGAGCUUCCCUUGGCUUCAUGUGCUUGCCCUGGUGUGGUGGGUGCUACCCUCGGCGCUGGGAUAGGGCCCCUGAUGGGCCACCGCGGGUUGAUGAUAGAUGCACUCGAGUCUGUUCGGCUUGUCACCGCAGAUGGAGAGAUUAUCACCGCCUCGCACGAAGACAAUGCAGAGCUCUUCUGGGGCAUUCGUGGCGCGGGCAGCAACUUUGGGAUCAUAACUUCUGCAACCUUUAAACUUUGGGGUAUCACAAACAACGGCCUUGCUAUGUCCGCUGGUUUGGUGUUUCCAGCUUCAGUGAACGGUAGUUACUGGCGAGUCUUGCAGACAUUCGACACCAACAUGCCGGCCCGACUGGCUUUGACAAACAUGGCCUUUUUCGAUCGCCAAACGAACCAGCCAUAUAUCGUGCUGAAUGCCAUUUAUUUCGGACCCAGAGAAGAAGGUGAGCCCUACCUAGAGCGAUUCAGAAAGUUAAAGCCUCUCAGGGACGAGGUAAAGAUGGUACCGCAGAAUAAGCUUUUCCCUCCUGUGCUCGGAUCCUGCACACCGGGUCAAAAAGUCAACAUACACAGUACCGCAGUCAAGCGCACAGAUCCGGAAACUUUGGAAUCGAUUUUCGCCGACCUGAACAGGUUUUGGCGGCAGCACAUCGGAUACCAAGGCCGACUCCUCAUACCACGCUUUGCGAAUGAUGCCACCGCAAAAGUGCAUGGCAAUAAUACAUCAUUCCCAUGGCGGACAGCCAUUGCACACAUGUGA